AUGUUCGAAGCAGUUGAAAUCGACAACUCUCUAUCACUACCCCCUUCGACAUCCCGGACAGCAAUACUGCUCACAGAAGCGAUGGCGCCCAGGAAGAGGAAGAAGCAGCAGCGUGAGCUUCGCGCACAGAACUUGACCGAAUUAUCCAAGAAGCACGAUCUCAACCCUCUUCUGCCGGCGGACGGUAAAACGGCUCGUCUCCCAUCGUACUAUCUUGCAGCUUCGCAACCACAGCUGGAGGAUUUGGUACGCUCCUCGAAGCAAGCGACUCUCGGAGACCGCUUCCACUCUCUCCCGACUGAGCUCCGGCUUCACAUAUUCUCCUUCCUCGCCUGCCAACCCGUGAAAUGGAAGAUGACCCACCAGGAAGGCUGCAACAAGACUCCACCCAUGGUCAACGACAUGCCAGGCGACGGAUCCCCAAACGCCAAGGCAUUCUUCGAUACCUGCAUCCGCUGCAUGAGCGCUCACUGGCAUACUGUGCUUCCCCUAUCAAGGCGCGACAACCCUGCUCGUAAGGCCUGGCGCAACCCAUGGCGCAGUCGUUGGGCACCGGAAGUGGCGAAUGAGUUUAUGGGCUCCGACUGCUGGGAUGAGAACUUCCGACCACGACCAUGUCCUCAGAGCAUCACGACUGCCAUUGAAAAGGGGCAACUGCCUUGUUUGUGUGCUCGGAGGCAGAACUUGGAGGUGAUGUUGGUUUGUAGGCAGUGGCGAGAGGAAGCAGGGCGGCUCUUCUACUCAAGCAACACCUUCGCCUUCGAAGAUGCGGUGACCUUUGUCGACUUCGUGGACAACCUACCCGAUCACUGGCGAUCGUUGGUUACAAAGGUCAGCAUCCUAAAGCACCGACCAGUCGAGUCGUCUGAUAUGGCGCCAUCAACCACGAAGAUCCAGUGGAUGCUCUUUUCGUUUGAGUCUCCCAGGCAGCUCUCACCACUCUGGUCAGCUUUGCGUCGCCUUCCAUCACUAUCCCACCUGGAACUGGAUGCCCUGUUCCUUACCCGCGCCCCCAUCGUCAAGUCCCUCCUUCGCCUGGGACUUCAAAACCUGCGAAGCGUGCGCUUCGUGCUCCGCGAACUUUCUAAGUGGAUUUCCGAGCCUCCGGAGACAAGCGAUCCACAGUACAUCUGGCCCAGAUACGCUAGCUCACGCUACCUCACCGGCGGCCUAGCAGAACAAGUCGCAGCAGCGAUCAAAGGCCAGCGGAAGGCUUGGCUGAAGGUCACCGGCAACGUGGAGAGGGCUGUAGAGAGAGAACGUGAAGUGUUGACCGCGUUCUUCGAGCAAGAGGCUAAUAGAAUGUUGCGAUUCAACGGCCGGGUCAAACGUACAGCGGCAGUUUUCGACGAAGCACUGCACUAUGACGAGAGCGUCGAAGAAUGGGCUCGGCUUUGGGAUCAAUGCGGCAGUGCUGCGAGGCCGGUGUACGCUUACCUUCCCAUGCCAGUGCGGCCAGCGAUACCCACCGAGUCACCGGAGGGAGACGAGCGGUCUGAUGAAGAAGUGCCGUGCGCGGCAGACCUCCCAUACCCUGAGAGCGAGAUGAGUGACGAGGAGAUGGCUAUCGAUAUUUUCGAUUGA